AUGGCAAAACUGCACCUCCUCCUCAUCCUUCUCACCCUUCUUUCCCUCACCACCGCCGAGAUCAAGACCGUAAAGAUAACUUCCGAUUCCCGCCCGACGAUCCUCUUCCGGAAAUUCGGCUUCACCCACACCGGCCACCUCUCAAUUUACGUCUCCGCCUCUGCCUCUGCCUCCGCCUCCGUCAACUCCUCUUUCUCCUCCAUCGACCCUUCGCGCCUCGCCUUCUUCCUCCUCUCCGAAGAGUCCGUCAUCCAAGUCCUCCCCGAACUUAUGCACAAUCCCAGCUUCUGCAUCAUCGAUUCCAAAUUCAUCAACCUCCUUUUCACUCUCCGCGACCUCUCACCAUCUCCUACCUCUUCCUUCAACCAAUCCUACCCCGUCACCUUCCCCAAUGAAUACUUCCUCUUCUUCGCCAAUUGCGUCCCUGAAUUACAAGUCACCAUGGACGUCCGUACAGAGCUCUACAAUCUCGAUUCCGGCGCCUCCAAGGACUAUCUCUCCGCCGGGUUGACUCAGCUCCCCUCUCUGUAUUUCCUUUUCUUCCUCAUAUACUCAUAUUUUCUCGGGUUUUGGUUAUACCACUGUUACCAUACCAGAAGAUCAGUACAUCGGAUACAUUUGCUCAUGACCCUAUUGCUUCUAACGCAAACUCUGAAUUUAGUCAGCUUGGCCAAGUAUAAACACUAUGUAAAGGUCACAGGGACACCCCACGGGUGGAACAUAAUUUUCUACGCAUUUCAAUUCAUUAGGGUUCUACUUUUGUCUACGGUGAUUGUAUCAAUUGGUACCGGGUGGUCGUUUUUGGAACCCUCUAUGCAAGGAAAAGGUGGGAAGAAAGUGUUGAUGAUCGUAAUUCCGCUACAGGUUUUGGGCAAUGUGGCUUCCAUCGUCAUCGGAGAAACGGGUCCGUUUAGAGAAGAUUGGGUGACUUGGAAUCAGGUGUUUUUCUUGGUGGAUAUUGUGUGCAUUUGCACAAUUAUUUUCUCAAUUAGAUCAUCGUUGAGGGAGGCGUCGAAGAUGGAUGGGAAGGCCUCGAGAAAUUUGGGGAAGUUGUAUGUGUUUAAGAAAUUCUUUAUUGUGGUGAUUGGGUACUUAUUUUAUACAAGGAUUGUUGUGUUUGCCGUGAAGAUCAUCGCAGCAUAUAGGUAUCAGGGGGUGACCUAUGCAGCUGAGGAGACCGGAAGUCUUGCAUUUUAUAUGGUGAUGUUUUAUAUAUUCAGGCCGGUGGAAGAGAAUGAGUACUUUGCUCCUGACAAGGAGGCUGCAGAGAUAGCUCUCCGGGAUCCUCUGGUGAAUGCAUGAUCUGCAUAUCAUAGCUGCAGAAUCAAGUUCAGUGAAGGAGAAGAUCAGCAGAGCAGCAGCAGAAGCAAAGGGAGAAGAAGCUGCAGCUGCAGCUGAUAAAAGUGGAAAUGGAUAACAUCAUUAGUUAGUUAGUUGGUUAGCUAAUAAUUUGUUAGAUAGUUAGCUAAUUUGUUUGUCUCUUGCUGAGUUGUAUUGCUGAACUGGAAGUAGCCACAUGAAGGCAUGUGAAGUCAUGUGCGUAAUUAGUUUGGUUGUUAAGGAUUAUAUAUAAAUACUGUGGUAUGUAAUGAGUACAUUUGAUUGAAUGAGAAGAAUGCAUAAAAAUUC